AAACCCCCAACCUUCGCCCCUUCCAUCCUCCUUUCUCUCUCGUGCUCUGAUUUUUUUUCCCCUCUUGCUCUGCUUCGAAUGCUACUACAAAACAGAGCAACCCGUAGAAAAACAAAGGGAAACUCCAAGGGAACGCCAACGGUACACGAAGCAUUUCCCUAAAGAAAAAGAAGAGAAAGAAAAGGAGAACCAAAGAUCCCACCUUUUACUCUCUUUAAUGCCUUCAAGUCUCUGAAACAAAACCCUCUCCUCCCCCCCUCCUCUCUCUCUCUCUGUCUCGCUUCGUCGCUCGCUUUAUCUUUGUGGGAAUUCGAGCUCUGCUUCGGGCGCAGUGACAAUGGGAUGAGGAGGAGGAGGCGGUGCUUUUCGUCCUGAGGAAAUGGGAGAGCUUUAAAGGAGGGGAAAGAGGAAGGAUAAUGGUGGUUGCGAUGAUGGGAGGGGAUGACAAGAAGCGCACCUUUCACGACUUCUUGGGCAUGAGCUGCGGGGAAUCCACCCCGCCCGCUCCUGCGUGGGCGCAGUCCGGGGAAAAGACGGCCACCGCGGAGGCGGCGCCGGAGGCAUCGGCGUCGGUGGGAGUCUCGUCGGUCGGGCAUGGCCUUGCGUCGGGGAGUUCCGAUCUCGGUUCCGAGAGGCAGGGAGGGAACAAUUCUGAGGAUUUUCACUUUCAUGGUAGGAAGAAUGCUAUGUCAGGGCUUGAGAUAUGUAACACAUUAUCAGGAAGAAAGAGGAGCAAUUCAGAUUCAGCCUACAUGGGUUUAGUAAGAAAUAGGAUGCUUCCUGUGGGCUCAGAUUCCCUUGAAAGCUCACAUCUGAUGAAAGCACCACAAGCCCAUACUCCUGUACCUAUGUCUGGAAAAGAGGUGGGAAGUGAAGGACUUGGAAGAUCACAUAAUGAAAUGAUGAUUUCAAUGCAACCACCAAGGCCGACUUCUCUUAUAUUACAUCCUCCAGUUAGCCGUAGACCCGAUUCACUAAUUCCCAAGUGGGAACGGUCUAUGCCUGCAAGUCCUGGGCAGAUGGUGCAUUACCCUUUACGCUUUGCCCAAGGUGGAACAAAUAUAGACAAGGUUACAUCAUCAUAUGCAUAUAAGGAUGCUAGUGCUGGUUCUGGUGCUGGUGCUGGUGCCACAAUCAUAUCUCAGCCUGCAGCAGAUGAAGGUUCUAGAACAGGCAUUAAAGACUCUGGAGUUUUGAAUUUCAUCAAUCCUGAUAGUGGAGCUGGUGAGAGAAACUCAAGCGGGGGACCGCCUUGUGGCAAUAGACCUAAGGCUCCCCAAGCCAUAGAACCAGAAUCUUGUAACAUACCCAGACGCCAUAGCACUGCAUCUGCUAGUCGUCAAAUGACUAUAUUCUAUGCUGGCCAAGCACACGUGUUUGACGAUGUCCAUCCGAUUAAGGCAGAUGUGAUAAUGGCUUUGGCUGGAUCAAAUGGAGGUUCAUGGUCAACCACUUACUCCCCUAAGUCUAGUAUCCGACCACCAACUAGUGAAGCUAAAGCACCUAGUGGAGAGAAUAAAAUGCGAACGAACAACUUACCAUUAUCUAUACAUGGAGAUUCUGAUCAUGGGCAUAGCCAGGUUGCACGGAUCCCGGUUACUAAUGAUCUUUCAAGCCUUACGCCUGGGAGUAAUCAAGGUAACCUGUCCGUCAGAGAUGCAAGGUUUAUGCCCCCAGCAUCAGAAUAUAAUGUGGAAGACAGGAGAGAUGCAUGAUAGAGGUUAUGAUCCCCCUUAGAUCCAGUCCUGGUGGCUUUUGGGAAAUCUUAUUUUUGUUCUCAGGUUCUCAUCUUCUGAGGUUAGAGGCACUUGUUAAUUGAGUUUUGGCUAAUCGACUUGACAAGUGACUAAUUAGAAUUAAUUUGUCUAACCAUAGCAAUUAAUGAAAUGAAAAGAAAACAGCAUAAACAUGAGGUCCUAAAUUAAGCAUGGAGGCAUAGAUAUGUGUCAGAGAUGAUGCUCCAUGAGGAGGAAGGCAGCAUGAUGAAUUCACAAUGCUGGCUAAUUAAUUUAACAAGUGACUUGCUUGUUAGCAAAUAAUUUGUUAAUUCAAUUAGCCAACCAUGAAAACUUCAUAAGUACUUUCCUGUUUGCUGCAUUCUCUCCAGGAUACAUCUCCUUUGACAUAUAACCUAUUCCUCCAUGCCCUUCAGUGCCUUAAGUUAAUACUGAUUUUCUUUUCAAUUUGUUAACUGCUGUGAUUCGUCAAAUUAACUUUAGUUAGAUCACAGCACAUCAUUCUUGAAGAAGUACCCCUGAUAUGCAGAGAGAAGUUUGAAAUGGUGCUUCACUGCUUCCAUCUGGAAAUAUGACUUAGUGAUCAAUUUCAGUGCUCCUAGUUCCACCUGUUGCUUAAAUUGUCUGAACAGUUGGUUGUGCAAGUCAUAGUUUCAAAACUGAUGGUGCUUAUAUGGAGUUGGAUGCAAAAGUCAAGAGUCUUAUAACAUUAGCCAUUUUUACAGAUUGUUCAGUUGAUAUGAUUCAGGUUUCUGA